GAGGGAGAAGCAGUAUGUGGAGAAACGUUGGAAGGACGUGCGAGUGGGAGAUUUUGUGAAGGUAGUUUGCAACGAGAUCGUCCCGGCGGACCUGCUCCUCCUCUAUUCAUCCGACCCCAACGGUGUUUGCCACAUAGAGACGGCCAACCUGGAUGGGGAAACCAACCUGAAGCAGAGGACGGCUGUUUCUGGACUUUGUACAUCGAGUCCCGGAUUUGAGCCCGAGAGCUUCAAUUGCGCUGUGGUGUGUGAAAGGCCCAACAACAAUCUGAAUCAUUUCAAGUGUUUAGUAGAGAAACCUGAUAAAGACAGGGUGGGCGCCAGCAUUGAGAGUUUGUUGCUGCGAGGCUGCACAGUGAGGAACACGAAUCAUGCUGUUGGCUUUGUGGUGUACGCAGGCCAUGAAACCAAGUCCAUGCUCAACAACAAUGGGUCGAGAUCCAAGCGAAGCAAACUGGAGCGGAAGCUGAACGUAGACGUCUUCUUCUGCCUCAUCCUCCUCUUCACCAUGUGCCUCAUCGGAGCACUCGGCCACUACUUAUGGUUGGAGUCACUGCCUGGCGUGCCCCCUUUCCUGGUCCCUGACAGCAAUGGUCACCUGGAUGAACCCAGUCUAGCGAGUUUCUACAUGUUUUUCACCAUGAUCAUUCUCCUUCAGAUCUUGAUUCCCAUCUCUCUCUACGUGUCUAUUGAGCUGGUAAAAGUGGGUCAGAUCUUCUUCAUCACUAAUGACAUUGACCUGUACGAUGAGGAGACGGACAGCCGCGUGCAGUGCAGGGCUCUGAACAUCACGGAGGACCUCGGGCAGAUUGAGUACGUCUUCUCAGACAAGACAGGCACCCUCACCGAGAACAAGAUGGUGUUUCGCAGAUGCUCCAUCAUGGGUACCGAGUAUCCACACAAAGAAAACGCCAUCCGCCUUGCUGUCCUCGAUGAGCCCGAGACCGAGGAGGAGGUUAUCUUCAACCAGCAUCAACAACUCCCACGAACCAGGUGGUCCUUGGAGGCUGAGGGCAUCGGCCCUGCAGACACGCAUUGGCAGGGCAGCAGGCGCAAGAGCAAGGUGGCGGCGAACGCACAGAGCGACGCGGCCUUCAGCAGUCCACUGGAAACUGAGGUGAUUCCAGACCAGAAGCUGCUUCAGCAGAUUACCAGGGCAGAGAGCGGCGGUGGCCACAGAGACAGCAGCAGAGAGAAAGAUCCUCAUCUGGACUUCUUUCUGGCUCUCGCCAUUUGCAACACGGUGGUUGUUUCCAUGGCGAAUGCUCACAGACAGAGGGCGUGCACAUCUCCACACUCCAGCCAGACGAACAACCCUCUGGAGGCCUUUUCCAGUUUGCUGAAAAGAGCCGGGUCUUUCAUCCAGCGCAAGUCCAAGAGGAACCACACCAUUUUAGAGGUUCCAGUCACAGACGCCGCAAAGACGGACAGCAGAGAAGACAGAAACGGAGUCCAAACAUGUUCCCUCCAUCCGCUGUCUCAAAGCGGCGGCCCAACACUGGAGCCAGAGGACCUGUGCUAUGAGGCAGAGAGCCCCGACGAGGCCGCCUUGGUGUACGCAGCCAGAGCAUACGGCUUCAUCCUGCUGGCGCGGACUCCUGACAGUGUGACUGUGAGGCUCCCGUCUGGGGAGGAGCUGGUGUUCGAGGUGCUCGACACUUUGACAUUUGACUCCAACAGGAAGAGGAUGUCUGUUUUGGUGAGACACCCAGUCACCAAAGAGUACGUGCUGUACACUAAAGGUGCCGACUACUCCAUCAUGGAGCUACUUGGGACGCCUUAUGCAGAACACAUCAGUGGCGUUGAGAAAAACAUAGCUGCGGAUACUCAGCAUCACCUCGACUGCUACGCAAAGGAGGGCCUCCGCACACUUUGCAUCACCAAAAAAGUUGUGAGUGAGAGCACAUACCGAAGCUGGUCGGGUGAGAGGAAAAGAGCGAAGGCCGCUAUGGAGUGCAGGGAGGAGCAGAUCAUGAAAACGGCCGUGCAGCUGGAGACCAACCUCACCCUGUUAGGGGCGACUGGCAUCGAGGACCGUCUGCAGGAGAAUGUCCCAGAAAGCAUCAUGGCGCUGCGGGAGGCAGGGAUGCAUGUGUGGGUGCUGACAGGUGACAAGCCAGAGACGGCUGUCAACAUCGGCUAUGCCUGCAGGCUACUGGAGGAGGAAGACCUGGUGAUAAACAUGAGCUGCAAAAACAAGCUCACGUGCACGUCCAUCCUGGACUGCACUCUGGAGGAGGUGAGGAGGUACGGAGAGGACCCUAGUAACGUGGACACAACUCCCAACAUUUCUCUGGUGAUUGAUGGAAACACUCUCACCAUGGCCAUGUCGCCCGACCUGCAGGAGCGGUUCGUGGACUUGGCGAAGCGCUGCCGAUCUGUUCUCUGCUGCAGAGUAACGCCCCUGCAAAAGAGCGGAGUGGUGAAACUGGUCAGGGAGAAACUCAAAGUCAUGACACUAGCUGUCGGUGAUGGUGCAAAUGAUGUCAACAUGAUCCAAGCAGCGGAUGUCGGCAUUGGGAUAUCCGGUCAGGAGGGCAUGCAGGCGGUCAUGGCGAGCGACUUUGCCAUAUCACGCUUUAAGCACCUGACAAAGCUUCUCCUCGUCCAUGGACACUGGUGCUACACUCGACUGGCAAACAUGGUCAUUUAUUUCUUCUAUAAGAACGUGGCCUACGUGAACUUGCUGUUCUGGUAUCAGUUCUUCUGCGGAUUCACGGCCACGGCAAUGAUCGACUACUGGCUGAUGAUCUUCUUCAACCUAUUCUUCACCUCCACCCCACCCAUCUUGUUUGGCAUCUUUGACAAAGAUGUUUCAGCCGAGGUGCUGCUGGGGGUUCCUGAGCUGUACAGGACGGGUCAAGGCAAAGGGGAAUACAAUUUCCUAACUUUCUGGAUUUCUAUACUGGACGCCUUCUAUCAAAGUCUUGUCUGCUUCUUCAUUCCAUAUUUGGCUUACCGGGAUUCAGAUGUUGAUAUUUUCACCUUUGGGACGCCACUCAACACGGUUGCUUUAUUUACCAUCCUGCUGCAUCUUGCAAUAGAAAUCAAAUCCUGGACGCUGGUCCAUUGGAUUAUCAUGCUGGGCAGUGUGGCGCUGUAUUUCAUCGUGACGCUGGCCUACAGUGCCGUCUGUGUUACCUGCAAUCCUCCAUCCAACCCUUACUGGAUCUUUCAGAGCCAGAUGGCCGACCCCAUGUUCUACCUUAUCUGCACCCUCUCCACCGUGGUGGCUCUGCUGCCCAGGUACACGUUUUAUGUGCUGAAGAACUCUGUCGCCCCCUCCCCGCUCCUGCAAGGCAGGCAGCUGGACCGGAUGGACCCCUCUACGAGGGACCAGUGGAUCAAGGAGUGGAGGGGCUUCAGGGGAGGAGGGCCGGUCAAACGCUAUGAGCUGUCUGACCCACCCACUCCCACCCUGGAGACCCCUGCAGACUUCUUUCCUGACUCUGACGCUGAUUUCAUGGGGGAUGAUCUUAGCCUAAACGUCAUCACACAGAACCGUCAGAGGGUUGUGGCAACGUGAUGGGAGAACAGAAGCGCUAUGAUGAUAAUUUAUUCAGGAAACUGUAAAUAUCUCAACUGGCUCAUGUGUGACUCCCUGACUGGAGUUAAUUUUGCAAUAAACUGCUUAAUUAAAGCAUGUACAGGC